UGCCUGGCCGUGCAUUGUACCAUCUUCUUGCCACUGACGGCAAUGGCAGGAUCAGCUAGCGCCGCAGGUCUUCGCAUACCGUCUAUGCGCUCCAGCUGGCGGGCUGUUGGUACGAGUGCUAGCAGCACCCUCCUGAGAGCCGCUCAGCCGCCAUUGGCUGCCUCCUUUUCUUCCGCUUCUAGACGUCACAAGCCCCGAGCAGUGGUAGAGACCCCGGCUUUCCCAUGUCUGGAUGCAAACGAAGCCAGGACGCAACGUCUCUUGUCUCAGCAAGGACCGGAACUAGAUGAUGCUGCUGCUGCAAGCUCAACCUCGACGUCUUCAUCAGCAGGCCCAGAGCCAAGCUACUCCUUUGUUACCUCUGGCUACAAGACGUACCACCACGCUGAGCCCCUUCCUCUCGAUUAUGGCGGUAUCUUGCCCGAGUACGAUAUCGCCUAUGAGACCUGGGGUCAACUCAACGAACGCAAAGACAAUGCCAUUCUCAUACACACCGGCCUCUCGGCUUCAUCGCAUGCCAAGUCGCAUUCGGACAACACUGCGCGAGGUUGGUGGGAAGAGUUCAUUGGCCCUGGCAAGGCACUUGACACAGAUCGCUUCUUUGUCAUCUGCACAAACGUUCUCGGGGGCUGCUAUGGCUCCACCGGACCCUCAUCAGUCCACCCUCUAGAUCCUGAAGGCGGCCGCUACGGAACUCGCUUCCCAAUCCUGUCCAUCUUUGACAUGGUAAGAGCGCAAUUCCACCUUUUGGACAGCCUGGGGGUUCGGACCUUGUUCGCCAGCGUUGGGUCUUCGAUGGGAGGCAUGCAGAGCAUCGCAGCUGCCCAUCUCGAACCCGAGAGGGUGCAGAGAGUCAUCAGUAUCAGUGGCUGCGCGAGAAGCGGACCCAGCAGCAUUGCCCUUCGCUUUGCUCAGAGGAGUGUGCUGAUGUCUGAUCCGAACUGGAAUCGCGGUCAUUACUAUGGCCCUAACAAGUUGCCGCCGCACACCGGCAUGAAGCUGGCGCGACAGAUUGCCACGAUCACCUACCGCUCUGGGCCAGAGUGGGAGCAGCGCUUCGGAAGGAGAAGGCGGAAAGCAGUGGUGAGCAGUGAGGGCUCUGCGGGCUCCUCUUUGACGGGUCCGAGUCUGCAAGAAGCGGAUCCAGCCCUGUGCCCCGACUUUGAAAUUGAGUCAUACAUCGACUAUCAGGGGGAGCAAUUCUGCCUCAAGUACGAUGCCAACUCAUUAAUUUACAUCAGCAAAGCCAUGGACCUCUUUGACAUGAGCGACGAAGCUCUGGAAGAUCUAGAUGAGAGGCGUACAAGAGCUCACGGCACUGCCGAGGAGAGUGGUAUUAGAGGAUUGGCAGGUAGCAUCUACGGUGAAAAAGAAGGAGACACGAGUGCGCCUCAGAGGAAACACAUUAGGACUCUUUCUUCUCCCUCAGCACACUUUUACCUGCCAUCGCUGACCAGGGGUCUGUCGCGGUUGGUCAAGACUCCGACUUUGAUUAUCGGUGCUCAGAGCGAUAUUCUAUUUCCCAUCGAUCAACAGAGGGAGCUGGCGGAAUGUCUGAGGAUGACGGGAAAUCGCAAGGUGAGGUACUCGGAGCUGGAUAGCCCAACGGGACAUGACUCGUUCCUGAUAGACGUCGAGAAUGUGGGAGGACAGAUCAAGGGGUUCUUGUCGUAAAGCAAUGUCAUGCAAUCAACGUGUGUCCCACUUGUAGCCUGCCUUGUGUGAGGCUCAUACGAACGAGCACCGUUGAUUGUGGUU